UCCUUCAGUUGUUUACUUUACCGAUGUUUACCUUUGCGAACACUGAGAUGAGGUGGUGCCAACCGACGGCAAUCAUCCUGAUCCUGAUCCUGAUCCUGAUGCCGAGAGCAUUGGCCCAGGGCAUGCCGGUUAGCCCCUGUCCCAAGAUCUUCCAGUACCGAUACGACGGCAGCGAAUGGUUUGGCCUAAUGGCCGUCCGCAGUCCCGAUGCCCGCCAGAUGCCGCUCCACAUACGCGUUACGCUCUCCAUGCGGGGCAAGCCCACCACGAACUACCUGGGAGAGAUUGAGCUGCUCACCCGCGGACAGUUUAGCCAGAAGGCGCCGGUGCUGUACAAGAUUCGCUUUCCCAAGCACCACUAUCCCCCCAAGGUGCUGCUCAUUUCGGCCAACAACCAGGUGAUCUGCUUUGGAACUGGCGAGCAGAGCAUCUUCAUGACCCAAAUCCAGCUGGAGCAUAUACGGAAGCUUACCUUUAUUCCGGAUAAAAAGAACUCCGGCUCGCUGCUCAUGGACCUAGGCAUGGACGCCGAUGAAGACGUGAAGGCCGCCGAGGAGACGUUCGGAAAGCCAAGCCAAGCACACACGCCGCCGCCGCCGCACAUCCAGUUCAAGAAAAAACCCUUCAACCACCACCACCUGCCCAAGGACAUUUGCGGGCGUAUAGAUAGAGGUCUUGAUUUUCGGCUGCCAAAGCAAAGGUCCGAGCUUGGCUCCAGGAGCUCCGAUGAUGCCAUCACAUCGCCAGUUUUUGCUGAUUACGAUGAUGAGGGAAUGGAGCAUGUCGCAGGAGAGGACGAGGAGUUGGCGGAGACGGAGGAGGAGGAGGAUCUGGCAAAAACUGGCGAGGUAGCAGGAGGAGCAGACGAAGGCCUGCCAUCGAUCACACGAGGUUCCUGGCCCUGGCUGGCGGCCAUCUAUGUGAACAAUCUCACCUCCUUGGACUUCCAGUGCGGCGGAACCCUCAUCUCGGCCCGCGCCGUCAUCAGUUCGGCCCACUGCUUCCGUCUGUUCAAUAUGCGCUACACAUCCAACGAGGUGUUGGUCUUUCUGGGCCGACACAAUCUGAAAAACUGGAAUGAGGAGGGUUCCUUGGCGGCACCAGUCGAUGGCAUCUACAUUCAUCCCGACUACAACAGCCAGCUGAGCAGCUACGAUGCGGAUAUUGCGGUGAUUAUGCUCAAGGAUGAAGUUAGGUUCAAUACCUUCAUUAGACCCGCUUGCCUGUGGUCUGGGUCCAGCAAGGCGGAAUAUAUUUUUGGUGAACAUGGCCUCGUCAUUGGCUGGAGCUUUGACAGAUCAAAUGCAUCCCAGGCUCAACAGCACACAGCGCCAACGAUGAGCCCCAUCAAGAAGAUAACACAAGAUACCACCAGCACACCCAAGGUGGUUAAUGCUCCAGUCGUCGGCAAUGCAGAGUGCUUCCGGGCCAAUGCCCACUUUCGUAGCUUGUCCUCGAACCGCACCUUCUGUGCCGGCAUCCAGAUAGAGGCGCGGGAUACGCAUCCGGGGGGCAGUGCCAGUGCCAGUGUCUUUACGGGCAUUUCGGGUGCCGGUCUCCUAAUCCUGAAGAACAACCGCUGGAUGCUGCGGGGCACUGUCUCGGCAACUCUGCCGGCAUUGCCGGAGACGGAAUCGAAUCGCAGGCAGCAGCAGCAGCAGCAUUGUUGCCGGAAUCAGUAUAUGAUCUAUGCGGAUGUGGCCAAGUUUCUUGAUUGGAUUACAGCCUUUAUCAUCUAGGUGAUGGGAUAUAUAGAGCAUACACACACAAAACACUGUGAUAGCCCCAUCAUGGGCCUGGCGAUUUGGGAGUACAAAGUGAGAGAGAAAGAGAGAUGUUGGUGCGGCGCCCCCUCCACCCGAGGAUUCGGAUUCUCAGGGACCGGUAAUUGCUUAGUAUUAUUUAUUAUAUUAAGUAAUAUUCCUUUAGUAUAAUG